AAAGAAGGUCGCUCGGCUGUGUCAGUUCUCUUUCUUCUUCUAGUGCUUCUUCAUAUGUAAGUUCGUGCCAAUUUCCAAUUACAUCGUCAUCGUCUUCCUCUUCUCUCUAAUCGAAAUCACCAGCUUCAUACAGUUGCCGAAGCUUCCCUGACCUCGGAAUUCUCCUCGUAGAAGCGAAGUAAGGAAGCCACCCGUCCUAGUCGAUGGACUCCUGUUCCCGUCUCCGCUUCUGGAUCUGCUUGGGCAAGCUCUGACGGUGAGUUUGAACUGCUAGAGCUGCGAAUUUAUGGUUUUUGCUUCCCCCAGCUGACUACAGGUUCCCCUGGAAGAGGCAUCAUCUAACUCGGAAGCUUUCAUCAACUUUCUUUAUCAUGUCGAAGCAUGCUGAGCAGUCAUUUUAUCAAAGUAAAGAAACAACCGAGCAGUCUUUGCAUUCUUAUGAAUCUGUAUGGUUGGCUCACUGGGCGCGAACAAGGCAUAAAUCCGUACCCCUUACUCGGAAUCGGUUAUCAACUAAUCAAGAGUCCGUGGAAAAUGAUUCUGAGGGUAAGCGGAACUGGCUUGUUAGCACACCAGAUAGUCUGUGUGAAUUAGCUGGCAAACAAUUUUGUGAAGUAGCAGCAUCAGGAUCUGUUAGAAGGCAAAACGAGAAUCUAGUGAUGAUUUCAGAAAAUUUCAUGAAAGAAAGAUCACCCCAGCCCUUUGUUUUGUCUGGCCUUUCCCCAAAUGGAGAUGCUUCUUUGACUCUUAAGAAUGACGAAGCUGCUGACUUUUUUGCUGAAUCAUUGAGGCCACAUGUUGGUACAAAUGCUUCUCCUCUAUGUCUAGAUAGAAAAGAGAGAACAUCUUCUUGGGCUCCUCCUGAGGCAGAAACGCAAUCAAGGGAAUGCCAUCUUCAAUUUAGAGAUUCAAGCUAUAAUUCCGGGAUGCCGGUGAAAUCACAAAGUUUUCUUGAGAAGAAGAAACUAGUUCUUUCUAGCUCUUUUCAUGAUAAUCAUGUAUCAUCUAGCUCUCAAGGUAUUCCAGAUGGACAAGAAGCUGGGGGAACUCCCAUUGUUACCUCCCUGGAUCGGCAAAAAAAUAGUACUACAUUGAGCACUUCUUUGAUGGCCAAAGGACACUUCAGGAACAUCCAGUUUUCUCAGCUGCAGCAUGACCAUCGUGACUAUCACCCUUGCUCAGCUGUUUGUAUUGAUCAGAAGAAAGAUGAGAGUACAUUGCACUCCCACAUGUCUGAGACUGCAAUAUGUGAUGGUGCUCCACUACUAAAGGAUAAUAGCACAAGCAAAAACCCGACAACAGUCUUAGUAGGCAAAAAGUACCAGAAAAUUCAAGAUCGUUUCACUAAUAAGUUAUUUCCAUGCCAGAGCAGUCCACCAGAGGGGUCAAAGCCAGAAAAAUUACUCCAAGAAUAUUCUUCUCGACCAAGACACUCUCUUCUGGAUCUGGAAACAAUGAAAAUAUGUGCCAGUGCAGACUCUGCUGAAGGAUUUUCAAGUUUCCAGCCAAAAAUUUCUCAAACAACACAUCACUUGUUCUUUGGUAAGAAGUUUGGUGUUAACUCGUCUGAAGGAGGUCAAAUCAUCAGGGAGUCAACAGUAGCCGCCAAAUAUAAUGGGCAUGCAUUUGGUGAACUUCUUAGCUUGUCUCCAAAUGAUUUUCGUAGUCAGCGUGGAGUGAAGCUUCAACCUUUAUGGAGCUCUACUACAGACAGUGAAGAAAAGGAAGAUGCCGCAGAUGGCAGAGCUUCUGCAAUUGCAAUAAAGAAUGAAUCAUCUGCAGAAACUGAUACAAUGGAUAUGGAUGCUUUUCGGGAGAACCAUCUUUCUGGAGAUGCUUCAUCACCGGUGAACAAGGACAUUGUUAUGCCUCAAAAGCUAUCACUCUCUCUGGCUGCAGCCACAUCAGAGGGUGAAGUUGGAGGUAAAGCAGUAAAUGGGGAUUUGCCUGAGGCAAAAGCCCCAAAACGGAAGUAUCUUGAACUUACAUCUAUGUCAAGCUCUAUUGAUGAGAGGGAGCCAAGUACCUCAAAAACCCAGAGUUUGGACGUGGAGCAUCUCUUUUCUCAUGCUGAUCAGGCGACAGAUUCCAAAUCUCAAACUUACUUCUGCAGUCAUGGGAAAACAGAGCAAAGAACCGGAUGGCUGAAACGAUUGAAGAUGAGCACUUCUGAGACUUUACCUCAUGGUGAUGAAAGCUUAAAAGUUGGGGAUGCUUGUUCCUCUGGAAAGGACAAUAAUUUAGUUGGCAAAGUUAUGAAGCAGAGGACGACUAGCCCAGAACAGAUAAUUGGUAAUUGUCUUGACAAAGAACAGAUGGCUUUAGGUCAAUUUGCUUUGUUAGCAAAAGGUGGUAAAUCAUCUUCCAGUGGUUCUGUUGGGAAGAGUCGAGAUGCAUUGCUUUCACACCCUUGGAUUCAGCGGUGGUGUCACAACCAAGUUGCUUCCUUGCAAAAGAAGCCUGAAGCCUUCGUGCUCUGCGAGCCACGUAGUACAAAGGCAUCACUCGAUGAGUUUCGAAAGAAACAAUUUCCAAGCAUAGCUGCUAUGGCUUUGAUGGGCAAGGCCAUGAAUGGCUUUAACCCCUGUGAGUUCAGAAAUAGAGGAACUUAUGUCGUCUGGAAUACUGAAGGAUUAUGAAAGGACUCUGACUGGAGCAAUUAAAUGGGUGGAUGAAGAAACGAAUCGGGAAAGACUUCUUGUGCUGCUACACUGGUUAUGAAACUGGUAAGAAAUAUUUUCGCCUCUUAGUUCUUACAAAUGAAGUGAACAUGGAGAUUUUGAAUCCUGAAUGUAUUCCCAAUGUUUGUUUAAUUUGGAGGAGGUUUUAAAUUUUUGUUCAGGGAGUAUGUGCAUGAUUAUAAACAGAAAUACUCCUGGAGAUUGUGGUGGAGACUGCCGAAAUGAAGUUCAUCACAUCUCAUGUACAGGUUUUAGAUUAUAUGGUAGUGAGCUUACUCAA